AUGUCUAAUAAUGAAAGUGAGAAGGAUGUUUUUUGGAGUUAUUCAACAAUUCAAAACAUAAAGAAAAAACAAGAACAGAAUGAACCAUUGGAAUGGAGAGAAUUUUUGCUAUGGAAAUAUUAUAAAACAACGGAUCAUCCUCUUCCGAGAGGAAAUGUUACAGUCAUUCAGAGUGAGGAGCAUUUUGAUGAAAUAAUUAAUCAGGGAAAACCAGUUGCUGCUGCUUUUACAGCUCCAUACAAGUAUACUUGUGAAUAUUUGAAAAAAAAGAUUAGAGAAAUUGCACCACAUUAUAAAGAUGAUGCCAAUUUUGUGGAGGUUGACUGUUCGAUUACACCAAAAGUUUGUUAUGAGAGGAAUAUUGUUUCGAUACCUGCCAUUGAUGUGUUUUAUAAACCUUUGGGUGCAACAAAAGUGUACAGAUAUAGAUAUUCAUACAGUUACUCAGUUUAUGGCUUUGGUUGCUUUUUGAAGGAUUAUGGAUUCAGAAAUCCAAAUUCAAUUUACUCAGAUAUUGGUAAGAGAUUGGAUGAUUUACAAAAGAAAUUCAAUAAUAAUUCGUAA